AUGUCACCUCGUCGUUCCUCUCGGGCUCGCACGUCCCAACCCUCUCCUGCCCUCCCACAGCACACCAACUCCUCCUCCAGCUCCUCAAAUUCUCACACUCGAGAAAGAAGCACUCGAUCGAACCACAAAAAUGCUUCUCCUCACAAUUCGUCCGGUAACCGGUCCCAGUCCAUCGAGGACGAAUCUGGAUCCAAAGAUCUCCCACAAACACGGCAGCGCCACCGCGCCCACGACGACGACGACGAUGAUGCACCCCGCGAAGAUGACGAAGAUGAUCUCGACGAUGAAGAGGAAGAAGUAACUCGGUGUCUCUGUGCUCAGCAGGACUAUCCAGGCUUGCCUCCCUCUCGUCGCGAGGCCCUCGGUCGCGGUGCCAUCAAGCUGGAGUCGAUGCAGGUUCCCCUUGACCCAUCUGACCCUCUGUCAGAUGAAAUUGGGAGCAUGUUCAUCCAAUGUGAUUUGUGCAAAGUUUGGCAACAUGGUGGUUGUGUUGGAAUCAUGGACGAAGCAACAAGUCCUGACGAAUAUUUCUGCGAGGAGUGCCGGAAGGAUUUGCACAAGAUCAAAGAUGAGCCUAAUGGUUCGCGCUCCUCCACCUACCUCCCUGUCGCACCGGCUCCGGCGGCACAGCUUCCUCCUCCCCCUCCACCACCUCCGGCACCGGCACCCCCAACGGUGCCAGCCGUGCCAGCCGUGGCCCCGUCUCCUGCUCCAUCUUCUCGGGCCUCCUCGAGAGAUCUUCCAAGAGAAACCUCACGUCGGUCUAAGGACCCCAAAUCCCGAAGCAGUGAGAGUGCCGCCGCCGCCGCUGCUGCUGCGCAUGCCAAGAGACGAUCAACCAUGAACAGCAGAGAUGCCGCCUACGAUGAAGAAGAACUGAUUCGUCGCGCAAUUGAAGAGAGCAAGGCGGACACCAAAAGCAAUGCGGAUGAAACAGAGACACUCGUGAGAAAGCGAAGUCGGAGUGACAGUGUGACGAACAGAGAAGGUACAAAGCGCCCACGAACUUCUACAUCGCCGUCACCUGGCGCUCUCUCGAAGCAAAGCAAGUCGCCGUCUCAUCCGCCGUCUGAUGAUGAGUCGAAACAAAAGUCUGUAACCAACGGGACUGGGACUCGGAGACAGAGGGCCACGUCUCGAGGCCAGUUUGAUAAAGAAGCAGUCAAAGAGACCGAUGAAAUGGAGGUCGAGGCUCCUGAGGUGGCGAAUCGCCGGAAGGAAAGAACAAACCGGCGAAAAGGAGAUGAGUCUGAGCAUGAAAACGGGUCCCCAACAAAGACCGCGCCGCCUGAACCCGAACCUUCCCAAGCAAGCCCUAAUACCCCGACACCCCAAGAUCCUACACCUGCAAGGCCAUCAACUCGCAAAUCCGGCCGACCUCCAGCUCGUCGCGGUCGUGUUGGACGAAACCAAUAUACGAAAGAUCGGGACACGAACGGAAAUGGAGAUGCCGGGUAUAUGGCGAAUUCCCCGCGCCGCGGCCAGUCCCACGAAAUCGGCGGAGACUCUCCGCGCGUUGGAUACAGCGGAGUCAACGGCACACAUAUCAACGGCGGCGAGUCGGGGCGACCCAGCAAGCCACGCCACAUGCACCCGCAGCGAACCACGAUGAACGAGAUGAAGCGCCGAGUAGCUGCCAUCCUCGAAUUCAUCUCGCGCAUGCAAGUCGAGAUGGCGGUGGCCAGCGAAAACUCGUCCACGCCCACCGGCAACGGCGACCGAGCCCAGGGCCUGCUUUUGAAAAGCAUGGUUGACCAAAUCGACAGCGCCAUGCCGUCAGCAGGCAGUGACGGCGGGGAGUCCGCUCCUGCUACCACAGAUGGCGGAUAUGGCGAGUCGGUGACGAAUCAAGAGAAAGAUUUCAAGGAACUAAGCAGCGUCGAGAUGAUGGACGUGCUUACUCGCCAUCUGCUCAAGUGGCAGCAGGAGUAUGGCAAGUUCGGAGAACGAUAG